AUCUAGUAAGCUUUACGUCCAUGAUUGAACACUUGUCAAAUAUCUAUGUCUGCUAUGUUUUGUUUAUAAAUUUUUGUAAAAUAAAGAAUAUUUCAAGUUCAUUUGCAGGUUUUGUGUAAACAUUAGUACUCUCAAUCUGUUUAUUUAUAUAAUCAUCAAUAACAAUGGCUGACCCUAAAUAUGCAAAUCUUCCAGGAAUUGCUUAUGAUCAAGUAGAUGUAUACGAAACAACAGAUUUACCUGAAUCUGAACAACCAUCAGACAUGUCCAAGGAGGAAAGUAACUCUGUUGAAGUAUUACACUGCAGUAUAAAUGAAUCAUUCACGAAGUUUAAAGAUAAAUAUGUUCUUAGUAAGGAUGUUGACUUUUCGGACAGAGUAUCGCAAAAGCUGAGAACAGGCUAUAACGUUGGAUAUGGAGAUUGGCAGGUACUUUGCGAAAAAGAAACACCAUGGAAGAAACUUGAAAGAUUGCAGGACGAAAUUAAAGAAUUAACUAGUGAAAUGAAUGAAUUAAAGGAAAAACCUAAGGACGAAAAAGAAUUGAAAUGUGCUGUUGAUAUUAUGGUUCAGCUUGAACAUGUUGGAAAACAAUUAGAUGACCUGAAACUGCAUGAAUCACUUGGCAACGAAUUGGACUUUUUAUCAAAUACAGACGGCUCUUGUUUUAAGCAAAUGGUGUCACAAAUAGAAUUGUUUAAACAAUUAAAGGACGUUAGCAAUAGUGACAAAGGCAGUGAUACAACUUUGGAAAAAACAGACAAAGAUAAUAGCGGAAUGCUCAAGUAUCAAAUGAUGUACCUUCCUCAGAAAGCUAAAUUACAAGAAGUGGCGCGAAUUGGACAACUCGAACAAAGACUUGGUUGUUUAGAAAAUAUCCUCGGAACUAAAAACAAGAACAUGUCUACAUUUCCACAAUUACUCAAAUGCCAAGGAAUACUUGAAUCGAUUCAGCAAUUGGGAGCAAAAUCUGCCCUUUUGGACAGUUCCCAACUAGAUGUAGUGGAAAGUAGAGUUUCUGCUUUAAUAUCUAAAAUGGAUACUAUAGCACAGAAGAAGUUAGUUGCAGGACAAGAUUCGAACAGAGAACAAAAGGUGUCCGAAAUGUAUGAUAUUUUAAAGAAGACAGAAGUUAUAUCACCGAUUUUGCCUCAAACACUAAACCGCAUGAUAACGUUGAAUGCAAUUCACCAACAAGCUACUGAAUUUAGUAAAUCCCUGGGACAACUAGAGGAGUUGCAGAGUCAGAUAACUAUAGGACUACAGAAUAAUAAGGUUUUCCUGAAAGGAGUUCAAGACAGUUUUACCAAUAAUUUAAAUAUUAUCCAGAAUAACAUAGCAUCUUUAGAUCAACGUAUAAAUAAUCUUUCAAAAUAAGUUUGCGUAAGACAAAUGUAAAUUUUAACAAGAUUGUAUUUACAGCAGCUGUUUUAGGUAAUCAUUAAACUAUUAAAACCACUAAUUCGUUGCAAAUGAAAAGAAAAUUUACUAAUUACAUAGCAUAUUAUACUAGAGUCUGAAAAGUGUUAUGUGUUCGACCACUCGUUUCCAUGCCAGUCGAACCCACAAAAUUAUAACUGCAAUUCGAAAUUAAAAAUUAAAAACCACUAUUUUAUAGGAAA